GUUCCCUAAAUGCUGGUGUUGGGGUUUGCAGAAGUAGUGAACUCAGUGCUCUGCCCUGUUCCAUUAUUUGAAAAAACAAAAAUGAGACAUCUUGCCUUUAAUAUUGCAUUUAUGAAUUCUUAAGGUUGGUAUUUGAGAAUUGACCCUUAUCUUACUAUUUCGGUGGUACCAUGAGCAGAAUAGUCUUAGAGAAUUUUGAUCAUCUUGGUUUUACACUGUGAGGGCUGCUGGUGCUCAUUACUAGAGACUCAGCCAGCAGGCAGAGUUAGGAAUCUCAUCAGAAAGCAAUUGUCUUGCUCAGCAAACGAGUCGAACACUACAGGUUCACGUUACAUUCACAGACCCUUAUCUGAAACCUUGGGGCCAAAUGUUUCAGAAUAAAGAAUUGUUCCAGAUUUUUGGAAAGCCUAACACAGGGUAUAUACUGUUAAUAUUGCAUAACACCUCCAGCAGGUCUGGGCAGCACUCUGUAAUAAAACACAUUUCUACAGAGAAGUGAGAGGAUAAUCAUGCUAAGUGGAAUAAAAUAGGACUCUAAAUAGUAUGUCGGUUCAGGUUUUGCUGCCAAAAGAGUUACAAAAAAUUUUUGGUUUUCAGAGCUUUUCUGAUUUUGGAAUUCCAGGAACCAGCCCUGUUCGUUAUUUCUGCCAGCAAAAGUCAUUUGGCGAAACUAGGUCCAAUUUUUUGCCUAAAAGAGUAGAUAUAGAAGCUCAUCUGGUCAUUGUGCUUCAGACAAACCAAAUGGGAUGAGAGAAAAGGGUUGGGAGUAAGAACUGUUCUUGCUUUCAAGAGCUCAAAAGCAGAGAGCUCUCCAGGGAAGGAGUCGAUCAGUGAGGAAUGGAGGGGGUAGAGGAAUGGGAGAUCUGGGACCUCACAGAGCUGGGCAUUUCUUACCAUUGGGGUAGAUGUGAGGAGAGGCGAGGACUCCUGUAAAUGAGAGGUUACUGCUGCUUGAAAGAUUACUUUGUUUAGUGAGAGAAGUGGAAUUUAGGGAGCAAUGAAAAUCUCACCAAAUUAAUGACUGCCAAUCCAGACCUACUUCAAAGCAGACAAGUCCAACCAGCUAUCUAACUGUCUUUUCUCACUGAGUACACUACUGUCAAUACUCUUUGUCCCUUGAACACCUUUUUAUAAUGGUGGCGAUGGUGGCUUUGGUAGUGGGAUUCUUAAUUAUGUUUUAACUAUUAACCUUUGCAGUGGAGCGGAGCUCCAGACUGGAACAAAGCCAGGCUACGGAUGGGUUUAUAAAUAAAAGGGAAGGAAUCACUACUACCAUGUCCCUACUCAGGAGAAGGCUGACCACUGACCAGCUUUGUGAUCUGUAUACAUGGAUUUCGUCUCCUCCUAAAUUCUUUCUCAGGACUUGGCCUUUGUUCAUAAUUUUUAAGCUCAAAGGAUGGCUGUGACUCAGUCAGCCAGGCAGGGGUCUCCCUGGAAAGCACUUUGAAUAAGAAUUAUCAAGAUGAAGGAUAAUAAUGGACUAAUCAGUGUUUUUAGUGAAUUUCACUUUGUCCCAGACUCAACACUUGUAGAUAGUGCAGGGGAAAGAGACAUUUGAAACACAGUGGCCGCUGAGAGGCUUUUUCCCUGAAAAGUGCCUAUGUGUACUUAAUUGGAUCUAAGAUGCCAUUAAUUAUAGGGUGGACUAUUACUUUUCCGACCCUAAGAAAGAAAAAGAACCUGCCAAUAAACUGUCCUGUGCUGUAAAUCAUAUUCAAUUUCAGAGCUGUUUAAAAUGUGCAUCUUAGACUCAAUGGUAUACAGUAUUUCCCUAUGUUCCCCGCACUGUUAGGUUAAAAAUAAAUGGCUUCAGAAUCUCUGUGUAAUGUUUCUCUCAUAUUUCUUUUGUGAUUUUCAGCCUAGCUUUUAUUACCUUUCAUGUCACUGAACUAUUAAUGCACCAGCCUGUGAGAGUGAAAGGGACAAAUCUGUGAACGAUUUAAGAGAAAACCCCCAAACAGUACACUGUGUGAGGGAAAGUGCCUUAGGAUGGGAAUGAAGAGGAAAGAAAAGAUAUCUCUAGGACCAAUCUGCGUGACCACAAAGGUGCCCUGGAACCAAAAGGGUAAAAGGAACAUGUAGAGAGGUUCCUAAUCCUGCUAAAUGACCAAGGCCGCUUCAUGGGGACCUAAUAUUAGGAGUCUUCAGUACAUUGGAUAGUCUUUUCUGCUAUAUUUAUUGCUGGCCACUGAAGGCCUCUAUGGACUAACAUUUCAUUUCCAAUUACUGUUUGUGGUACGUGGUCAGACUGUAAGUUGAAGGAGACGGGGGUGGUUAACUGCUUUCAGAUGGGGAACUCUGUUGGACAUCAUUUGGUUAUUUUACAGUGGAACUACUGGAUGAAGUGGAACAAGGUGCAGUGAGAGAAAAGGCAUCUUCUGUUAGCAUAGUCUAAAUACAGAAAGAACCAAGACAGAUAAAAUGAAAGAUGAAGACCUAAAUGCAUGUGAGCCUCCUUCUCCUGCCCCUGAGGCACCGAGCACCUCUCUGCUGAAUGACCUCAAGUACAGCCUGUCAGAAGAAGAGGAGGUGACAUACAACGUCAUCGAUCAGUUCCAGCGGAAGUUUGGUGCUGCCAUGCUCCACAUCAAGAAGCAGAGUGUCCUGAGUGUGGCAGCAGAAGGAACUAAUGUGUGUCGUCAUGGGAAACUAUGUUGGCUUCAGGUGGCCACAAACAGCCGAGUUUACUUAUUUGACAUUUUCCUUCUGGGAAGUCGUGCUUUCAACAAUGGACUUCAGAUGGUAUUGGAAGACAAGAGAAUUUUGAAGGUUAUCCAUGAUUGUCGUUGGCUUUCUGAUUGCCUCUCUCAUCAGUAUGGAAUUUUGCUGAAUAAUGUCUUUGACACACAGGUGGCAGAUGUCUUUCAAUUCUCCAGGGAAACAGGCGGCUUUCUUCCAAACUGCAUCAGUACUUUACAGGAGAGUUUAAUCAGACACCUUAAAAUAGCCCCGAAGUAUCUCUCCUUUCUGGAAGAGAGACAAAAACUGAUUCGGGAAAAUCCAGAAGUGUGGUUCACACGACCUCUUUCACCUUCUUUACUGAAGAUUUUGGCCCUGGAAGCUACCUACUUGCUCCCCCUUCGCUUGGUGCUCCUGGAUGCCAUGAUGUCCGACCUAACCACCCUGGUGGACGGGUACCUGAACGCCUACCGGGAGGGGUCUGCAGACCGGCUCGGAGGCAUGGAGCCUACAAGUAUGGAGCUUCCAGAGGAACUGCGUCAACUCAGGGACUUCCAGAAGCAGCGCAGAGAGAGAGCUGUAAAAGAAUAUCAGGUGAACGCACAGGGACUCCUAAUAAGGACUGUGCUGCCUCCAAAGAAGUCAGUGACAGAGACGGCAGCGAAAGAGGGAAAAGUAAGAGGUUUCCUACUUUGUAAAAAUUCUAGGCUAGACAAAGCUCCAAGUUUUAUGUCUCACAAGGACAUAAAUUUGCUGAAGGAAGAAUCUAAGAGUAAACAAGCUACAACAGAACCUCAACAUCUGCCUCCCUUAGAGGAAGAAGCCAGUGAGGAUGCCAGGAACAAACUCAUUUGCCCUGAGUCAGAGGGGUUGGAGGACCAGGAAAUAACUCAAAAAGAACACCUUAAACUACCGAAACAGAAGUUUCAGACAAGAUUGUCUUUGAAAGAGGAGAUAGAACAGUUACUGACGGUGAAAAACAAGGAAGAUCUAAAAUGCGCAAAACAAGAUGUUUCAGUGUCUCCUUCCCUUCCUCAGGAAACCAGAGGCUCUCCAAGUGACACCUUUCCUCCUCUUAGAAAAGCUGUGCUUCCCACACUUCCUCCCUGUCCAGCUUUGGAGAAGACUGAUUCCUGGAUAAAUCCUUCUCUACAUCUGCCCUAGAGAUCUGAAAUGUGUUCCCCAGGCCAUCAAGGUGGCUCACUUCCCCUGCCAUCGGGGCCUUCCUCAGUGGAAAUUUAUUUGUAAAUUUAGUUAUGCCCCCUGCAGAGGCUUCAGGGAAAAUUGUGCCCCCUUGCUUACUCCUACAUUCCUGGGAUUUGAUUAGGAUGGGAAUGAAUAAGUUAAAUAAUGGAAGAAGUAAAUUCUCUGAUUAUGUCACUGUGCAGAAAUGUUCCCAGUGGCCAGAGUGAAUUAUUUCUCAUAAUUUGGGUUUGGAGGAUUUGAAGAAGAGAAAAAUGUUGGGCUCAGUAUCUGGAAGAAUCUGUACUUUUAAAAUUUUGUUGUGUUUUUUGGUUUGAAGGGGGUUGGUAAAACUCUCAGCCAUAAGUUUAACAAAAUUGGUACCCGACAACUUUACCAGUAUUUUUUUCCUUUUUAAAAUAGUAUUAACUUUAAUUUAUCAAGUAGACCUCAAUAAAGCUGAAAAAAAAAUUAGCUUUAUUUUUGAAUUUUGGCUAACAAAUAUUACUACAGAAAUCAAUAUCCCAGUUUUAAUUUCUUUUCAUUCUAUUUACUUUUAGCAGAUCUCUGUCUGUUUUCCUAACUAAGCGAGGGUCUGAGUGUGUGUGUUACAGAAACGUGAAGUUUGAUUCUACCCUGUUUGCCUGGAGUUGGUGUCCUUUCUUAGGGUGAAAGGAAGGCAGCUUGCACUGAGCCUUUUUUAUUGACUACUUGCACGUUGUUCAGAUUCGUUUGUGUGCAAAAACCAAUAAACCUGU